AUGGCGGCUUCUCGAUCUACUCGUGUUACAAGAUCUACAGUGGGUUUAAAUGGUUUGGAUGAAAACUUUUGUGGUAGAACAUUAAGAAACCGUAGUAUUGCUCAUCCAGAGGAAGUUUCACCGCAUCCUCAAAUACGGUCAAGGUCACCGAAGAAGAGGCCAGAAUCUGUGCAAGCUCAGAAGGGAAGUAAUGGUGGAAGAACUACUGAUUUGAAACAGCAGAGUGCUCGGGAAUCAUGGGUGAGCCCUAGAAAGAGAGGACUGUCUACUUCGGAAAAAGACAAUGUUGAUAAGCAAACUGUGGAAAAUUGUGAAAAAAAACAAGCAGAACCUGUUUCACCAGUUUUGAAAAGAAUUAAGCGCUGUCUACGUUCAGAGGCACCGAACAGUUCAGAAGAAGACUUGCCUACUAAAACAGAGAAGGAAUCAUUGGAGCAUAAAAGCUUAGUGUCGGACAAUGAUGCAGUCUCCACAGGGACUAAGCGAGCUUGUCGAUGUCUUAUAUUGGAUGAUUGUGACAAAAGGGAAGUUAAAAAGGUGAAUGUCUGUGCAGAAGGAUUUAAUAAUUCUGCAAUAGUUGAUGAGAUUGCAGGUUAUCAGACUGUCAAUGGAGUUGGUGAGAGAGACUCAGAUUCUCUGAACUGUGAUGACUGUCAGCUUGAUGGGAACGCUAAGCAAAGCAGUGCUGGUUCCUGUAUGCCCAAGGAGAAAACAGUAGCAGAAAAUGGAAACUCAUUUGCCCAUUCUUCGUUGUUGCUUAAUAGCAACAAGGAGGACAGUGUUGUAGACCAUUAUGUGCCUUGCACAAACUCUCAAGAACAGGUAAAGUUAGAGGACCACAAAAUAAUAAAUGACUGCUUGCCUGAGGAUCAUGCUAAUCGGGCAGAUGAGCCAGCUACAGGGUCCUUUUCUGAAAUCCAGUCAUCUUUGUUAAGGGAUUCGGAGGAGGAGGUGGAUGUUGUAGGAGAUAGUAGUGCCUCUAAGGAACAGUGUGCUGAAAACACCAAUAGCAACCCGGAUACUCAUGACAGUGCAUCAAUCUCAGGUGAACCUGAACCACAUUCUUCAGUGCUGGACUGUGUUUCGGCUCAAAUAACAUCUAUGUCAGAACUUCAAGAACACAGAUACACAUUGAGAACUUCACCACGAAGGGCUGCCCCUGCUAGAAGUAGCCCUACUAAAAAUAACUCUCCUUGUAGAGAAGUAGGUAUUAAUAAUAUCAAUGGAUCUCCCCAAAAGUCUGAAGAAAUUAAACAGAAUGAAAAAGAGAGAAAUUGUAAUACGGGAGAUCAUGGGAGUGACGGACUAAGAAAGCCACAUUCUGAGGCUAGGCUUGUUGCUGGAUAUGUACCGUCUGCCAAAGAGAGUGCCAACGUCCACACUGCAGAGGAUGAUGAGGACGAGCCCGAUGUGUAUUACUUUGAAUCAGAUCAUGUGGCAUUGAAACACAACAAAGAUUAUCAGAGACUGUUACAGACGAUUGCUGUACUCGAGGCUCAACGUACUCAAGCAGUUCAAGACCUUGAAAGUUUAGGCAAACACCAGAGAGAAGCACUGAAAGAUCCUAUUGGAUUUGUGGAAAGACUCCAGAAGAAGGUCGAUAUGGGUCUUCCAUAUCCUCAGAGAGUUGUUCAGCUACCUGAGAUUGCCUGGGACCAAUACACCACUAGCCUUGGAAACUUUGAGAGAGAAUUCAAAAACCGAAAACGUAACAGUAGGAGAGUGAAGCUGAUUUUUGACAAAGUAGGUAUACCUGCAAGACCAAAAAGUCCUUUGGAUCCCAGGAAGGACGGAGAAUCCAUUUCAUACUCUGUCUUGCCUUUAAGUGAUGGUCCAGAAGGUUCUACAAACAGUCGUCCACAGAUGAUAAGAGGGCGACUUUGCGAUGAGACCAAACCUGAAACUUUUAACCAGCUGUGGACUGUAGAGGAACAGAAAAAACUUGAGCAGUUGCUUUUGAAGUAUCCACCAGAAGAGGUAGAGUCCCGAAGGUGGCAGAAGAUAGCUGAUGAACUGGGAAAUAGAACAGCAAAGCAGGUUGCCAGUAGAGUGCAAAAAUAUUUUAUUAAACUGACUAAAGCUGGUAUUCCAGUUCCAGGAAGAACUCCAAACUUGUAUUUAUACUCCAAAAAGUCAUCGAGUAGACGGCAGCAUCCUUUAAAUAAACAUCUUUUCAAACCUUCAACUUUCAUGACAUCUCAUGAACCUCCAGUUUAUAUGGAUGAAGAUGAUGACAGAUCCAGUUUUCACAGCCAUAUGGAUACUGCAGCGGAAGAGGAAGUAUCGGAUGAAGAGAGUAUUCCAAUAACAUAUCGAGAGUUACCUGAAUACAAAGAACUGUUAGAGUUUAAAAAAUUGAAGAAACAGAAACUCCAGCAGAUGCAUGCAGAAAGUGGAUUUGUGCAACAUGUGGGAUUCAAGUGUGAUAACUGCGGAAUUGAACCUAUCCAGGGUGUUCGGUGGCACUGCCAAGACUGCCCUCAAGAAAUGUCCUUGGAUUUCUGUGAUUCUUGUUCUGACUGUCUGCAUGAAACAGAGAUUCAUAAGGAAGAUCAUCAGUUAGAACCUAUUUACAGAGCAGAGACAUUUUUAGACAGAGACUACUGCAUGUCCCAGGGCACCAGUUACAAUUAUCUUGACCCAAACUACUUUCCAGCAAAUAGAUGACAUGGGAAGCAGAUCUACCAUCUUGGGCUUACUAUCAUCUUUGGAAAAUAACAAUGGCACCAUUGUUAAUUCUGUGCACAUUUUGGAAAGACUGCUUUCCCUGAAAUGUCGCUCACAGCAUGACAGCUUCCUGGGUGUACUUGUCAAACUACAGCUUCGAGCUGUCAUGGUUCUAGAUCACUGAACAGCAGCUGAACAUUCCUAGUGUGCAGAAGGUUUCACUGGGAGACUUUCCUUUCACCACAUUAGUCAUUGUUAGGUGGUGAAUCUAAACACGAAAGAAAAACGUACAAAAGGGUGAGCCAGAAAUGAGAGCACACAUUAAAGAUAGAGUAAAUUCCAAAGGCUUUGAAGAACUUGGUUAUAAUGAGAUCCAGAGGAGAUGAAGUAUUUAUAUUAAAACAGUUUAGUAGCUUGCAGUUUUGUUGUGAAAUAGUUUUCAGCACAGUAACUGACUUCUUUAGGCAAGGUUUUAACCAAUGACAGUGUUUGCUUCUAGGAUGUACUCUAAAAAAUACUCACUGUCUCAGCGAUGAUUGGUUACAGGCCUUUAUUAAAUUGGAGCUGCUUAAUCACAUUGACUUUCAAUUUUUUUUUAAUUUUUUUUUUUUUUUAAAACCACGAUGAACUCUAUUUACCAACAGUGAAGCACUACAGGGGGCAACUGUGGCAUUGCUUCCUUAACCAGCUCAUGGUGUGUGAAUGUUAUAAAAUUGUCACUCAGAUAUAUUUUUUAAAUGUAAUGUUAUAUAAGAUGAUCAUGUGAUGUGUACAAAAUAUGGUGAAAAGUGCCAGUGGUAGUAACUCUGUAAAGUCUCUAAUACUCAACAUUAACUCCUUUAAAAUAAAAUACACAGCCUUCUGCCUCUGUAUUUGGAGUUGUUAGUGCAACUCAUCAAAGAAAACUGCCUAAUAUAAAUCAUAUAUAUGGUAAUAAUUUUUCCUCUUUUGUAGUCUGCACAAGAUCCAUGAAAGAUUGUAUUUUUAUUACUAUUUAAACAGUGAUUAAAUUUAGCCUGAGCAGUGAGCAAGGGUUCACAUGCAUUCUUUUAUACUGCUGGAUUUUGUUGUGCAUCAUUUAAAACAUUUUUGUAUGUUUCUUCUUAUCUGUGUAUACAGUAUGUUCUUAAAUAAUGUUCAAUUGUCAGGAGAACUGUGAGAAAUAAACUAUGUGGAUACAGUCUGUUUAUAUAUAGAAUGCUUGCUGUGACUUCCUUUCUGUGUAGUUCCGACUUUUUAAUCAGGAUGGAAAACAUUAGAAGGACAUUUUCAUACGUCAAACAAAUAUUCCCUAUGCAGACCUGCAAGAUGCCCAGCGCCGUCCUCUGCUGUUAAUUUCAGUGGGAGCUGGUGGUGCUCUGCGCCCGCUGCACUGCACGUCGCCUUUGGCAGGAUUAGCGUUUCAGUCUUCUCAGAUCUUACUCACAGACUGUUCUUUCUCAGUUUGCAGAAAA